CGGGCGGCGCGGGCGCAGCCGCCGCUGACACUUGGAGUGUACCGGAGGUGUUCGUGUUUGAGCGCCAGAUCAAGCGUGGCCUCCGUCGAUUGUGGACCUGCACAAAGCCGUGCCGCGGAGAAAGGACCAACACUAGUGCCUCUUGCGACAUCACAACCACACAAACAUGAAGAUCCUACCCCUGUUUAUACUGGUAGCGUGCGUGGUGUGCUCAGUCCUCGGUCAGGACGAGGAGCGGCCGGCGGCGCCAUCGCGGGGCCUGCUCAAACGAGGCUCCCUGGCCAAGGGCAAGCCUACCACCACCACCACCACACCUGCUCCUCAGGAGGAAGCAGAAUACGAGGAUGAUGGUGACUAUCCGGCUGAGGAACAACAGGAGGCUUCCACCGAGGCUCCAUCAUCCACCACGGAAGGCAAGAAGCUGGUCGGCAGCGGCGUCAGACCCUUCCGAAGCAACACUGAACUCCUCGAGAUCCUCAAGAGGAAGAGGGCUCAAGCUGCCGAAGCCAAAUUGAACGCCCCCUCGACAACGACAUCGUCGCCAGCACAGGAUUCUCUUGAUCCCACCAAAAUUACGUACAACAACAAGAGCAAAAAGCGUUUCAACAAUGCCCCGGUGACCAGGGAGGUUGCGAAUGAAGAGGCGCCCGCGCCGGCACCUAAACCAAGCAGAGGACGAUUUGGCCGACCAGCCACAAGAUCGGUCCAGGAGUCGGAGGACGAGCCUCAGGUGGACUCGGCCGCGCCCCCCGCGCGCUCCGGUAGGACAUUCAGGCGAGGAGGCAACUAAACCCUCCACGAAACACCCUCACACCAUCCCCUCUCAUCUCUUCCUAUAAAAUAUCAUCCGGGAUAUAUACACAGUUACUCCGUCCAGGGCAUAACCUAGAAAAUAUUUUUGCAUACGAUGCGGCAGCUCACCCUGUGAUAUUGUGGAAGUAAAUUGGACUUAAAUGACUUAACACUAAGUUGACAAUGACUUGUCACAAUCGCUCGGCCAUUUCAUCGCUGGUAGUCUAUUGUCUAGGUUAUGGGCUGAGGCCUUAUGCUACAAAAAACCAUUUUCGUUUCAAUUCAUCACGUAAGAUGGAUUAGAAUACAUUUUUUAUACUUGUGUAAAUUAUAAGUGUAAGUAAUUUUUAAAUAAAAUAAUUUUAAAUUUUAAA